UCGCUGGGUUGCUGGCUGCCUCCCAGGGCAGCUGGGGAGCUGUUUUGUUAAAUCCCAACCCAGGUACUCGAGUUUCUGCAUGAAGUGCUGCCGACACCACGUCCCAGUCUGUUGCAAGGUCUGUUUGACUCGUGCGCAGAGUCUGCUUAACAGAUCACUCCCACUGCCGGGGGCUCACUGGGGACGAUGGAAUUUGAACUCCUGAGACUGACCAUGAAGUGAAAAAACAGAAAUUGGACAGACGGGGCUGAGAUGGAUGAUGAGGGAACGAAUCAAAAUGACGGCAAAUUGCAAGGAGCCGGAGGUCAGGCGCCUGCAACAUCUCUAUCAAACCCGCUGAUGAGGGACCUUGUUUCAGACUGGUCUCCUUUACACGAUGCCUCCAUCCAUGGGCGUCUGCUUACACUGAAGAAACUCAUCAAACAGGGGAGUGACGUGAAUCUUGUUACAGCAGACCAGGUGUCUCCUCUCCAUGAAGCCUGCCUAGGGGGUCAUGCUGCUUGUGCCAGUGUCCUGUUAAAACACGGUGCUCAGGUGAACGGAGUUACUGUUGAUUGGCACAGUCCGUUGUUCAGUGCUUGUGUCAGUGGCAGUGUGGCUUGCCUGAAUUUAUUGCUGCAGCAUGGAGCCAGCCUACACCCACCCUGCGACUUGGCAUCCCCCAUCCAUGAAGCUGCUAAGAGAGGUCAUGUGCAAUGUGUUGAAUUCCUCGCGUCUCAUGGGGUAAAUAUAGAUCACAACAUCAAGCAUCUGGGUACUCCACUUUAUGUAGCUUGUGAGAAUCAGCAGUUGAACUGUGCCAAGAAGCUACUUGAGUCAGGAGCAAAUGUGAACAGCGGCAAGGGCCUGGACUCCCCUCUGCAUGCGGCCGCCAGGAAUUGCAGUGCGGAGCUGGUGACACUGCUGAUCGACUUUGGAGCAGACAUUUGGGUGAAGAAUGCUGAAAGCAAGAGGCCAAUGGAGCUGGUUCCGCCUGGCAGCCCUAUGGGCCAACUAUUCUUGCAGAAAGAAGAAACACAUCCUGCUGCCACAAAACUAAGUGCUGUUAUGACCACUCUGUUCUCCCAGACAUUCCCCUGGGAAUAUCAGGUGCCUGAUACACACGGAAGUGAAGAUGCUGAAGCUCCAGGUCUUCUGCCCACCAUGCCACCCCCACAUCAGAGGGGCAGGAACAUGGACUUUGGUGAUUUUGGAGAUACUUUCCUUCCUGACUUCACUGUGAAGACAUCUGCAAGAGUGGGCUUGGUGUGCAAAAGUUGUGAUGACAUCAUUAACACCAGCAAUCAGAUAAGUGGAGUCCUCAUCUCGCAAGUGGAGAGACCAGCAGCUUCCAAAUACACAAACUUAUUUUUAUGUUUACUAGUGUGCCAUUGUGUGCAGUGCAAGCCUCCUUUCCUAUAUGGGAAGUUAAAGAGGAUGGAUCAAAUGCAACCUGGAUGCUCAUAUUUGAUGUAAAUAACAAUUCAAAUCCUCAGCUGGAGAACAUGACUGCUGGCUAUAUGUAUCCAGUGUGAUGGUUUGAAUAUUUUUGCACUGAUCCAACACAGCAAAAAUGAUGCUGCUGGUUUUGUGGGACACAAAAAUUGUACCCUAAUGGGACAAAAUUACAAACACAGUUAGAUCCAUAACUCUCUUGUGAUAGAGACACUUAGAAAUCUUCAGCCCAAUUCAUCACACAUAAUUUGAACCAUGUGAAAAUCACUGGCAGGUUUAAGAUAGUCAUCUAUAUUCUUUCCCUCCUGCUGGGGAAGAAAAUAGACACCUGUGUUCAUAGGCUGAAUAAAAGCAGGCACCUGGAAUAGGACAGGUGGAUCCUUCUAAAAUAAGUAUCUUGGCUAAGCUGAAUCUGGAUUGAAGAGGCAGGGAACAGAUAAUGAACCUAAUGCUUAAUUUUUAAGAUUAAAGUGUGAAGAAUCCCUGCAUUGGUGACACAUCUGAAAGAUGCAGAUCCAGCUUAUUACAUUUUAGAUGAUGAAAAACCAUUUUUUAUGUACUAGUUUUCUUAUUCACCUUUAAGUAUCUUAUUUUGUAACCUCAGCCAAUGGGUUUAUAGGAGUAAUGCUAAUACCAGGACAGAAUUGCUCUGGGAAGGUGGUGAAAGUGUUGCUUCCAGAUUGCUUUUCUUCUAGAAAUUUCAUAGUGUGACUCUGUUUACUUGAAUCCCCCUGAUCAAGUGUAAUUAGAAUGAAUUCUGUAUGCUCAGCUUGUAUCAUCAUUUGCUUAUUUAUUUUAAUAUAAAUUGUGAUCAACACUGGUGAAUUACAACUUUAUGCAUCAACACUUAUCCAGUUAUCAACUGUUAAAGUUGUACAAGAUGCACUCUGAAUAAGCUCAACCUGAAUAAGCUCAGCCUGAAUAAGCUCGUGAGGUUUGGAUCUUUUCUUAUAUUUGAAACCAUUGGAAAUGUAGUGCAGGACUUGAAAGAUUGUCAGGAAUGUAUUUUAUCAGAUUCCUUGAUAUUAUUUUGUUAGCUGUUUGAUAGCAGUCAAGCCACAAUUUUAUAGGAUAUUUGCUCAAAAAUAAAUGAUUUAUACUCUUA